AAGUCAGUUAUAAAAAUGCAGAGGCAGCUAGCAAUCUGUUUUACUGUUCUUUUUACACUAUUUCUUACAGGAAAUUGUAAGAGGUAUUUGAUUGAGACAAAGGAUGAACUUGAAACAAAAGGAAAGUACGGAGAUUACGCAGACGGAGGUUACGAUGCCUGUGAAAAAGAUGCACAUUGCCGUGAUGGGGAAUAUUGCUGCACAACCAAAGUUUGCAAAGAAUUGCCUCCAUGUGAGGGGAGUAAAGAUUGUCCAGAUAAUUUGAUCUGCAACAAAAACAACCUGUGCCAACGGCCAAAGACCUAUGGUGCAGAUUAUGUUAAUUAUAAUUAAUCUAUUUAUUCAUAAACAAUCAUAAUAGUACAGUUUAGAAGAUUGAGAUAUACAAUAUUCAAAUUAUAAAAAAUACAAUAAUUACCAAUGGAUUAUUUGUUAUUAAUAUAUAAUUUGUUUUUAAGACUGUAUUAUGAGAUUUACGUUGUAAACCCCAAUCCUGCGAAUUGUACAUCUCCUGCCACUUUAAUAUGUUAUGAUAUAUUGUGCAAUAAAUAUUACUUACUUACUAAUAUAA